UAUCGAUGCCUCUUUUCGGCCUUCCACCCACCACCUUUAAUAGAUCUGUAUUCCUUUCUUCCUUUCUCCUUCCCUUUCUCUCAGGCACUGUGUCGAACGAGUAGAAGGGGGUCGUCGGCGGGGAUGGGGAGGUGGGCGGCGGCGGUGGUGGGGCUGCUGGUGGUUUGGAGCGUGGGGGAGGCGAAGAAGAAGGAGAAGGUGUGCGACAAGGGGUGGGAGUGCAGUGGGAGUAAAUACUGCUGCAACGAGACCAUCACCGACUACUUCCAGGUGUACCAGUUCGAGAAUCUUUUCAGCAAGAGGAAUGCGCCCGUCGCCCACGCGGUGGGGUUCUGGGACUACCACUCCUUCAUCACCGCCGCCGCCGUCUACGAGCCCCUCGGCUUCGGCACCACCGGCGGCAAGCAGAUGGGGAUGAAGGAGGUCGCCGCCUUCCUCGGCCAUGUCGGCAGCAAGACCUCCUGUGGGUAUGGCCUCGCAUCCGGUGGCCCGCUUGCAUGGGGACUUUGCUAUAACCAUGAAUUAAGCCCAAGCCAGUCCUACUGCGCAGAUGACUACAAGUACCCUUGUACCCCUGGUGCUGAAUACUAUGGUCGCGGUGCUCUUCCUGUGUACUGGAACUACAACUAUGGACUCGUUGGUGAGUCACUCAAGAUUGAUCUGUUGAAUCAUCCAGAAUACUUAGAGCAGAAUGCUACCCUGGCAUUCCAAGCUGCCAUCUGGAGGUGGAUGACCCCGAUGAAGAAGAAGCAGCCUUCAGCGCAUGAUGUGUUUGUUGGCAACUGGAAGCCCUCAAAGAAUGAUACUUUGGAGAAAAGGUUACCUGGCUUCGGGAUGACCAUGAAUAUUCUCUAUGCAGAUCUUGUUUGUGGUCAGGGCUACAUUGAUUCCAUGAACAACAUCAUAUCCCACUACCAAUAUUACCUGGACCUGAUGGGGGUCGGGCGUGAGGUCUCCGGAGAUAAUUUGGAUUGUGCCGAACAGAAGGCUCUCAACCCAUCUGGCACAUCUGCAUCUUCCUAAGCUGUGAAGAAUGAUGUUGACCAUCAAUUGGAUACUGGUAGAGGAUGCCACAAAUAAAUGGUUGUCGGUCUACUUCUCCAUAUAAGAUAUACUGUCCUGUGAAAACUUUACUGUCCUGGUUCGAGUAGAAUUUGAAGGAUGAAACUGUUCUUUGUAGAAGGUAAACCGCUGUUUAUAAUAUUCUGUUUUGUAGAUGGUUCCUGUGAGGGCGAACAUUGUUACUCAAGAUAUACUGUGUUUAUGUUUGUGGCCUGGAGAGAAAAAAAAAGAACUGGUGGUGAAUAUUCUUUUUUUUUUUUUUUGUGAAGGCUAUGACUAAUGCAUAUUAUUCUUCCAA